AUGGUCGUGCUCCGGUUCUCGGCGUCAAAGGUGGCGCUCGUGACGGGUCUCCACGACUUUGGCGACGUGGUGGAAGAGCUGCUGGAGGGCGUGUACCAGGACCGGGACGAGCUGCUGGCCCGCGACGCAGCAAAGCUACAGCUGCGUCUCGUGUCGAAGGACGACGAGCUCGAGCAGCUCGUGCGCAAGAGCGGAGCAGCAGCAGCGCCACAGCUUCGAGCAGCGCUGCGCUGGGCUCAGGACCGAUCGACGCCCGCCCGCGUUGGAGCAGCGCAGAGGCUGUUGGCCGGCGUGGACAAGCGACUCGCCGAAGCGCACAAGAGCAAGAAACUCGCGAGCGAAGAGAUACGAGAGGUGCGCAAGUUGCUGGCGGAGAAGAUCCACACGAGCGUUGGGACCCGCAACGAGACGCUGGCGCUAAAGGCGUACGAGCGGCAGACUGGGUCCACAGUGCGGCUCACGAACGAGCAUUUCUAUUUCCUCACGUACCCGUCUCCUCCGGUCAAGACGAGCAGCACGGAAGGCGCAGCAGAAGACGACGCUCCUGUUGAUUACUCGUUGCUAGAAGCGCAAAGUCAGCGCACAGUGAUCCGCAAACGACGGGCGUCGAACCGGCCGCCCGAGUCUACGGCUUUGGCGACGACGACGGAGGAAGGAGAGCGGUCUCCUGAUGGCUAUUUCUCCAUCUGCGGUAUGGUGGACGGUGUCGCUGACGCGCUGACGAUCUCAGCAGACGACGAGUGGGAGCUGACGCCUGUCGUGGUCGAGGUCAAGAACCGCGUGCGGGGGUUCCGGAACCCUCUUCCCCUCUAUGACCACAUCCAACUGGCUGUCUACAUGAAAAUGCUCGAGGUGGAGCACGGGGACUUGGUGCAGUGUGUUCACGGCGCCGCCCCUCGUCCAACGAUUCGGGUAUCACGCGUGUCGAUGGGUGUUGCACCGCUGCGUCUGCCUGCGUCGGCGAACGGCGAUCUCUGGACUGGAGUCAUCGUGCCGCGGCUAUAUGCCUUUACCGCAACUGUGCACAAGCUGCGGAGCGAGGAGCUGCUGCGACUUGCUUUCCUCAAUGGCAGCCGAGAAGAGCGACUCGCGAUCGUGCGUGCAACGUGUCACUUUCUGUGA